AUGGCGCGAACGGGACGCGGGGCGGCGGGUCCGGAGGGGCCGGAGGGGCCGCAGGGGGCGGCGGGGCCCGGGACCCUGGGGCGACCGCAAAGGCGGCGGCAGCAGCAGCAGCAAUUCCUGCGGGGGAAGCAGCGCUCGGCUCCGCGGCCCGUGCAGGGCAGCAAAGAAAAAAAGAAAGUGAAUUGCAAGCCCAAGAACCUGGAUGAGCAAGAGAUUCCUUUCCGGCUGCGGGAAAUUAUGAGGAGCCGCCAGGAGAUGAAAAACCCGAUCAGCAACAAGAGGAGGAGGAGAGAGGCCCAGGUGGCCUUCAGAAAGACCUUGGAAAAGGAAGCAAAGGGAUCAGAACCAGAUAUUGCCGUCCCCAAGUUCACGCAGAAGAAGUGGGAGUCCGACAGGGCCUACGUGCAGCGCAUGGAGCAGGAGGCCCAGCACGUGCUGUUCCUCAGCAAGAACCAGGCCAUGCGGCAGCCGGAGGCACAGGAGGCUCCCAGGAAGGAGAAGUCGGAGCGGAAGAAAGCGUUCCAGCAGCGGUGCCUGGAUAAAGUCCGGCAGAGAAAGGAGGAGAAGGCGGCAGAACGGCGGGAGCGGGAGCUGCUCCAAGACGUGGUGAAGUUCGGCGAGGUUGCCCUGCAGCCCCCGGAGCUGACCGCCAAGCCCAGGAGGAGCGUCAGCAGGGGCCAGCUCCUUGCGAUCUCGCCUCCCAAGCUGGCGCCUCAGGCUUCUCUCUCGCUUCCUCAGCCUGGCAAGAAGUCGCUGAUGCUGAGGACGCUCUUGUGCCCGGGCGGGGUGUCCCGGCCCCCGAGCGCCUCGCUGGCCCGACAGCGGGUCGUGGAGGAGGAGCGAGUGCGGGUCGUGCAGGCCUACAGGGCGCUGAGGAAGCAGAAGCAGCCGCAGCCGCGGGGGCCCCGGGAGCCCUGCCUCCCUCCCGGGAAGAAGCUGGAGGCCCGGCUGUGAAGGCAAGAACACGGGGUGCGGACUGGCCCCGGGGCGCCUGCGGCGGAGAGCCUGUUCCCUGUUCCCUCCCGACGCACGCGGACACCUGGGAGCCUGCACUGCGGCUCCGGCACAGGGGCAGAAGCCUCCCUGAGAAGUCCUCCUCACCUCUGACUCCCCUCCCCAGGGUCUGCCUUCCCCGCCUCGUGCCCGGGCAGAGGUGGUCGACUCCUGGCCCUGGCCCUGCCGCCCGGCCUGGCCGUGGGGAGCAGCCUGUCAUUGCGAUUCGUCGGAGGAGCUUGAGCAGGAGCACUGGGCAGCAGCACGCCUGUCCCCUGGGGCGGCGUCUCAGGCCUUGGGGUGGGGGGCUCCCUUCCGUUUCAGGGUCCCCGGACAGGGGUGGGGUCUGCACCCCGCACUCCCCCUGGCGUUUCCUGCCUGGUGCCGGCCGGUCUGUGCCCGAGGCAGGCUCUGGGCGCUGCCCUGGUGCUGGGACAUUGGUCACUUCUUGUUCAGUGAUUUCCCGUGUCUGGGAAUGUGGACCGUCACGGAUUCCGGCUUCUCUGCGUGUGAGUGGGCAGCCUGGGACGUGGUGCUGCGGCUGCAGAACCUCUGGGAGCACCGACGUUACAAAGGCUGAAGCCGUCUGGGUUCUGUUUUUUACAAAAUCGACUUUAUUGAACAUAAACAACCAACAAUAAAAUGAGUUUUGACAAUUAUA